ACCCGUUGGGGUUGCUGUACAAUGAAGCUAAAGCAAUGCCCCAACCAUAUUUUCUCAGACAAGAAAAUGAGAAAGAAACCAAAAGAAAAUCUAAAUCCCCCAACUAAAAAGUAAAGUAGAAGAAAGAGAGUACGGUUGGACAGACCGUCUUUGUCAAUUAGUGGACUCCUCAUCGUCACCACCAACAAAAAUAAAGAAAACAACAUCUCAACCCCAAAUUACACGGUCUCUCUCCAGUCCAUAAGAGACUCAAAAUUACACGGUCUAGAUACAAACGCUAGGCCACCAAUUCAUAUCAAAGCCCUAGCAUUUCACAAAUCUCAUAAUAAUUGGAAGAAGAAGAAGAAGAUAUGUACGGGAGAGAUCCGUGGGGAGGGCCGCUGGAGAUAAAUGCGGCGGACUCGGCCACCGACGAUGAUCGGAGCAGGAACCUACAGGAGUUUGACAAGGCGGCGCUGUCGAGGCCGCUGGACGAGACGCAGCAGAGCUGGUUGUUAGGUCCGGGAGAGCAGAAGAAGAAGAAGUAUGUGGAUCUGGGUUGUAUUAUUGUCAGUCGGAAGCUGUUUGUGUGGACUGUCGGGACGAUUCUCGCUGCUGGGUUUCUGGUAGGGUUUAUUACUCUUAUUGUCAAAACUGUGCCCCGCCACCACCACUCUCAUUCGCCGCCGGACAAUUACACCAUCGCGCUCGGCAAAGCCCUCAUGUUCUUCAAUGCCCAGAAAUCUGGAAAGCUUCCAAAGCAUAAUAAUGUUUCAUGGAUUGGACCACGGUGACUCGAACCAUCAGCG